AUGGGCCAAACGCAGAGCACCCCUCUCUCCCUCCUCCUCGCCAAUUUCAGGGCCGUAAAAGCUAGAGGACACAGCUUAAGCCUAGACAUUCACAAAAGGAAGUUAAUUACCUAUUGCCGCUCUGAAUGGCCCACCUUCGGGGUUAAUUGGCCUACAGAGGGAACCUUCUGCCUCCCUGUGGUCCUUAAAGUAAAAUCAAAAAUUUUCCUACCAGGGAAAGAAGGUCACUCGGAUCAGAUUCCCUAUAUUCUGGUGUGGCAAGAUUUAGUAGAAAACCCUCCUCCUUGGAUGGCCUCUUUCUUAAUAGCAGAGUCAUGCCAAAUCCUAGCGGCUAAACCUAUCAGCCCUCCCAAAUAUUGGCCCUUCUCUACUAGUGACCUAUAUAACUGGAAAACCCAGAAUGCCCGAUUUUCUGACAACCCUAAAGAUUUAAUAAGUCUCUUAGACAGCGUUAUGUUUACUCACCAACCCACCUGGGAUGAUUGUCAGCAGCUCCUCCGAAUCCUGUUCACUACCGAGGAGCGAGAAAGAAUUCAAUUGGAAGCAAGAAAGCUGGUUCCUGGGGAUGACGGCCAACCCACUGCUAACCUUGAUCUCAUUAACGCAGCUUUUCCCUUGACCCGACCCCCACAGGAUGGCUGGGACUACAACACGGCAGAAGGUAGGGGACGGCUGCGCAUUUAUCGCCAGACUCUAAUGGCGGGUCUCCGGGCUGCUGCACGCAAGCCCACUAAUUUGGCAAAAGUGUAUUCAAUAAUACAAGGUAAGACAGAGAGCCCUGCCGCUUAUUUAGAAAGAUUAAUGGAAACCUUCAGACAGUAUACCCCCAUGAACCCCGAGGCCCCCGAAAAUCAAGCUGCUGUUGUAAUGGCCUUUGUAAAUCAAGCAGCCACUGAUAUUAAAAAGAAACUCCAGAAGCUAGAGGACCUGGAGGGAAAACAGAUUCAGGACUUACUCCGCAUUGCCCAGCGUGUCUAUAAUAAUAGAGAGACUCCAGAGGACAGGCAACUUAAAGCCACCGAGAAAAUGACCAAAGUCCUGGCUACUGUUGUCCAAAAGCCCCUGGAUAAACACAAGCCCCUAGAUAAGGACCAAUGCGCCUAUUGCAAAGAAAAAGGCCACUGGGCCCGAGAAUGCCCUAAAAAGAAAAAGCCACAUUAUGGUCAAAAACCGUGGCAGCCAAAAACCACACCCGCCCUCUUCACUCAAGAUGCAGAAUAGGGGGGACGGGGUUCGGAUCCCCUCCCCGAACCUAGGGUAACGCUACAAGUGGAGGGGAACCCAGUUCAAUUCUUAGUCGACACAGGGGCACAACAUUCGGUCUUGAUCAGACCCCAUGGAAAAAUCUCUGAAAAAUCUUCCUGGGUCCAAGGGGCUACUGGAAUAAGAAAAUAUCCCUGGACCACCCAGAGAACUGUGGACCUAGGAAAUGGAAAGGUCACCCAUUCCUUCCUAGUCAUCCCUGACAGCCCGUGCCCCUUAUUAGGAAGAGACUUACUCACUAAAAUGGGGGCCCAGAUUCAUUUUACGCCAGAGGGCCCCCAAGUGACUGGCCCGCACAACCAACCCAUUACCAUACUUACUCUAAGAUUAGAAGAUGAAUAUCGACUCCAUCAGGGGCCACCCUCACAAAGUCAAAACAUAGAGCCCUGGCUCCAGCAGUUUCCAGAAGCAUGGGCUGAAACCGGGGGUAUGGGGUUGGCUAAACAUCGCCCAGCUCUAUUCAUAGAGUUGAAACCGGGGGCAGAUCCAGUUCGGGUCCGACAAUACCCGAUGUCAAUGGAGGCCAAAAAGGGCAUCACACCACAUAUCCGUCGCCUCCUAGACUUAGGCAUCUUGCGUCCCUGCCAUUCAGCCUGGAACACCCCCCUGCUGCCCGUACGAAAACCUAACAGUGCAGACUACCGUCCGGUACAAGACCUGAGAGAAGUUAACCGCCGAGUCAUGGACAUACACCCAACAGUACCCAACCCCUAUACCCUCCUAAGUGCCCUCAGCCCAGAAAAACAAUGGUAUACGGUCCUUGAUUUAAAAGAUGCUUUUUUCAGCCUGCCUCUGGCCCCCAAAAGCCAGGAGCUCUUCGCCUUCGAGUGGUUCGACCCUGAGAGAGGCAUAAAUGGGCAACUCACCUGGACCCGGCUCCCCCAAGGAUUUAAAAACUCACCCACCUUGUUCGAUGAGGCACUCCACGAGGAUCUGGGUGAGUACCGGAAUCAAAACCCCGAAGUAACUCUCUUACAGUACGUUGACGAUCUUUUAAUCGCCGCUGAGACUGCCGAAGCUUGCUUGCAAGGCACCAAAAAUCUCCUCCGGACACUUGGUGCCCUGGGGUACCGGGCUUCAGCAAAGAAAGCCCAAAUUUGCAGAUCCGAGGUAACCUACUUGGGGUAUCUGUUAAGGGAAGGCCAACGAUGGCUCACUGAUGCACGGAAGGAAACCGUUCUCCGCAUCCCCCGACCCACGACCCGAAGGCAGGUAAGAGAGUUCCUGGGAUCAGCCGGGUUCUGCCGCUUGUGGAUACCUCGGUUCGCCGAGAUGGCUAAGCCUCUUUACUUGGUCACCCGAGAACGGGCGCCCUUUGAGUGGACAGAGGAAACUGAGCAGGCUUUCCAGCAAAUUAAACUCGCCCUGCUGUCGGCACCAGCCUUAGGGCUCCCCGAUGUCUCCAAACCUUUUCAUCUCUUCGUAGAUGAAAAUAAAGGGGUAGCCAAAGCAGUGCUGACGCAACUCCUUGGCCCAUGGCCCAGGCCUGUUGCCUAUCUUUCAAAAAGACUGGACCCAGUAGCGGCUGGCUGGCCUCCUUGCCUCCGUAUGAUAGCUGCUACAGCUCUAAUGGUAAAGGAUGCUGAUAAGUUAACUAUGGGACAAGAGUUACAUAUCACAACCCCUCAUGCCAUCGAGGGAGUCCUCAAACAACCUCCUGACCGAUGGAUUAGCAAUGCCCGACUGGUUCACUACCAGGGACUCUUAUUAAAUCCCCUCAGAAUCAUUUAUGCUCCCACCAGAACACUAAACCCUGCCUCCCUGUUACCAGACCCGGACUUAGAUACCCCUCUCCAUGACUGCGCUGAGAUAUUGGCACAGGUUCAUGGAGUUCGGGAAGAUUUACAGGAUCAUCCACUGCCAGACGCCGAAGUUACCUGGUUCACUGACGGCAGCAGCUUUAUACAUCAAGGUCAAAGGUACGCGGGGGCAGCAGUCACAACUGAAACUGAGACUGUUUGGGCAGAGCCUUUGCCAGCUGGCACCUCUGCCCAACGGGCUGAACUUGUGGCCUUAACCAAGGCACUGACUUUGGGAAAAGACAAGAGACUAAACGUGUACACCGAUAGCAGAUAUGCUUUUGCUACGGCCCACAUACAUGGAGGUAUAUACAGAGAGAGGGGACUGUUAACUGCAGAAGGGAAAACCAUCAAAAACAAAGAAGAAAUAUUGGCUCUUUUAAAGGCACUCUGGCUGCCUAAACGACUAGCCAUCAUACAUUGCCCAGGCCACCAAAAACCGAUCACACCGGUGGCCAGAGGAAAUAAUCUGGCUGACCAGGUGGCCCGAGAGGUGGCCUUACAGGUGGACUGUGCUUUAAUGACCACCCUACCAGACCCCGGUCCAGCUAGUUUACCAGAAAGUCCCACCUACACUAAAAAAGACCUAGACUGGAUCCAAAAAUUGCCUAUGACUCAGUGCCUUAACGGAUGGUGGAGAGCAGCAGACUGUAGCAUAAUCCUCCCAGAGGAAAUGGGAAAUAAAGUUUUAUCCAAGAUGCACCGAGCCACUCAUAUGGGCACGAGAAAAAUGCAAGACUUAAUAAGACAUGCUAGGAUCACCAUCAAAGACUCUAGGACAAAAAUCGAACAGAUAGUUACUAGCUGUAAAUCUUGCCAACUAACUAACGCCACCAACCACGGGAAAAACCCUGGCUCAAGAACUCGCGGAACCAGGCCGGGAGCCUAUUGGGAAGUAGACUUCACCGAGGUAAAGCCUGGAAAAUAUGGAUACAAAUAUCUGCUAGUGUUUAUAGAUACCUUUUCAGGAUGGACAGAGGCCUUCCCCACCAAGCAUGAGACUGCACAGAUAGUAGCAAAGAAAAUGUUGGAAGACAUCAUGCCCAGGUACGGAUUCCCUACCCUAAUAGGAUCAGACAAUGGACCAGCAUUCAUUUCAAAGGUAAUACAAGGGAUAGCGCAGUUUAUUGGGGCCGAUUGGAAACUACAUUGUGCAUAUAGACCCCAAAGUUCAGGACAGGUAGAAAGAAUGAAUAGAACCCUAAAAGAGACCCUAACCAAAUUGACCAUGGAGACUGGCGCUAACUGGGUAGUCUUACUCCCCUACGCUCUGUUCAGGGUGCGGAAUUCCCCUUACAAACUUGGAUUAACCCCCUUUGAAAUCAUGUAUGGAGUGCCCCCCCCUAUAAUUCCCAACCUACAGUCUAAUGUGUUAACUGAAUUUGAUGAUCAUGAACUUCUUAUUUCCCUGAGGGAACUACAGCACACCCACCAGGAAGUUUGGCCCAGAUUGAGAGCCAUUUAUGAGAACGGGCCCCCUCCUGAGCCGCAUCACUACCGACCCGGAGAUUGGGUAUAUGUGCGGAGACACCAGCAAGAGACCCUCCAACCACGGUGGAAGGGACCCUACAUUGUGAUCCUAACCACACCCACUGCUCUCAAAGUCGACGGGAUUGCUACCUGGAUCCAUUACACCCACGCCCGAUCAGCUGAUACCUUUGCGGUUCAAAAAGACUUCGUGCCGGAAGCCAACACCGCCUGGACAGUUGACCAGAACUGUUGCUGCAGCUCCGGACCCACAAUGAUCGGAGGAACACUCAUUAGCGUGCUCCUACUCACCUCCUACGGACUGAUAAGUAUUGCGAGCAACCCCCAUAUACCCUAUACUUUAACUUGGGAGAUUUCUAACCUAGAAACUCAGGAAGUCUAUAAUACUACCACAAUAGACGAUACUCCCCUAAAUGCCUGGUGGCCUGAUCUAUAUUUUAACCUAGAGGACGUAGCCAUAACUAUGGGGGUACUUCCCCCCAACGGAAGCCGCCAGCGUCCUAAUCCGUCAUGGACCGGAACCCCAGAAAAUGAAAAAAAGCGCAUAAGAUCUGGUGGGUUUUAUGCAUGUCCCGGGUUCAGAACAGGAGCAAUGAAAAAAACCUGUGGAGGAGUCGAAUCCCUCUACUGUAAGGCUUGGAGCUGUGUCACUAUCAAUGAUGGAAGCUGGAAAUGGGAGGUAAAACCCCAUUAUAUUGACAUGAAAUUUGCCAGCCCCUGUCCCAAGCAGAUCCGCGCCUGUAACCUUAUUCGUAUCAAAUUCCUAGAGGACGGAAAAAAGGAGACGAGAUGGAUUACGGGGCUAAAUUGGGGAAUUCACCUGUAUCGGGGACCGCCUUACUUUGCAACUGUUAUUCAGAUAAAACUAAAGGUACAACCCAAGGUUCCACCAGUGUUAGUAGGACCGAAUCCAGUAAUAGGGGCCACCAGUGAGCCUACUACUACUCCAGGGCCCACUAGUAAGCCUACUGACACCACGGGCAUGGGUACUAGUUCUUCGACCACUCAGGUGACCCCGAAAAAACCCCAAAAAAUUCAAAUCCCAUUCAAAGAUGACCCCUUAUGGCUCCCUGGAAUGACAUGUCCCAGGAGAACUGUGAAUUUGGAAAGGGCAAGAAUUAAGCCCGGACUUGUUCAGUGGGGAAGUGUCUGGGUGUUUACCAUUCGAGGUGACUUCACUACCCGCCUUGCCCUUCUGUUGAAGGGCCAGUCUGAGUCUGCUGAUUUCAUCCACUGCUGUGAUCUACAGCUUAGAAACUUCUGCUUAGCUUUGCACGUGGACAUGUUACAAAUAAGAUUUGCAAAAACCACUCUACCCCAAACCUACCUCAUUGGAGGAGAUAAGGAAGUACGUGUAGAGAUGACUGUGCCAUCGUUAACAUUUACAGGAAGGACAGGAUCAGAUUCCUCCCAGAGGCAGCUCUGCAGUUGGCACAUGCUGGAGUAUAAGCAGCUUUGCGGUGUGGGUCACUCAGUGAUGCCUGAGAGUAUGCAACAGAUCACAGUGCUGAAUGGAGUCUCGGAGACUAAAGAGCUGAUCACAGGAUCCCAAGUGACUAUAAGACCUGAGAUGUCCAUUACAAACUGGGUGUUAUAUGACCCAUCAAGAAAUAGUGUGAAAGGCGCGGCUGCUGUACGUAAUCAAGAAAAAGCAGAUCCUACAGUUUCAGAAGUGAUCAAUAUUCAGGAACUCCAUUAUGAGUUUCAAGCUGAGGCUUUGGGGCAUGCAGGAUAG